AGAUGGUGAGUGAUGAUGAAGAUAAAUGUUCAGAAUUCAUGCAGGAGCCCUGUUGACGAUCGUGCUGUAUCUAUUACAAACUUGCCUGCAGCUGAACAUAUCGUUGGUGCACUCAUAUAACGCGGAGCUGCUGAACACAAGCCGUCCAUAUUCUGCUGUCUUGCGGAAUACCUCCAUCCUAUGGUAUGACCUGAAGUCCCUGUUGCCGGGUUGCAGUUACAAUGUGUGCAUACAAGCAAGCACAGUUGCAGGCUUUGGACCUCCUCAAUGCAGAGAAGUCAGCACCAAGGCAUCAGUCAGCCCCUGGGCAGACAUAGAAACCACUGUGGCGGUAGUGGUCAGCGUUCUCCUCAUAUUAGCCAUCUCAGCAACGGCAUUAUACUACCGCAGCAGACGCAAGCGAAACCUGUCCAUCGAACGGGAAACUUCCGUAGCACCUUUUUCCGCGAACCAGCUUCUGGACAUUCCCUCUGCAGGUUAUGUGGACUGUGCCCCGGAAGCUGAAGAGUACGUCGCCGUGGACGCACCGCAGAGAAAGGGAACGAGUGUAACGUUGAUAUUGGUCCAACAAUUUAGGUCACAUGUCAUCAAUGCCGAGGCAAACGGCAGGCUCAAGGAGGAGUUCAUGGUUAUUGACUCGGGUGAGCUGCAUCCUUGUGAAGCUGCAAAAAGGCCGGAAAACAUGCAUAAGAAUCGAUACGGGAACGUUCUGCCGUACGACCAUUCGCGCGUUAUUUUGUCAGAGCUCCCAGAUGGUGGGUCGGAUUAUAUCAACGCAAAUUAUGUUGCUGGUUACAAUAACGAUAGAAGGUACAUUGCAACACAAGGUCCAACACUUGGAACGGUCACCGACUUCUGGCGCAUGGUGUGGGGAUCUGGUAGCUGCAAGAUCGUCAUGCUUACCAAUCUGGUGGAACAAAAAGUGGUAAAGUGCGUCAAGUAUUGGCCAGAUUCAGUGGAGCAGUACAGUGACAUUGAAGUCAGGCUCCAUCACACCGACACCACGGAUGACUUCGUUAUAAGAGAGUUCGCUAUGUCACGGGAAAAGGAGCGCCGACACCUCCUCCAGUUCCACUUCACCAGUUGGCCCGAACAUGGCGUUCCCGCUUGUCUGGAUGCCACAUGUUCAUUUAUGAAACGGGUAAGGGGCUUUCAUCAUGAAGACUCUCCAAUCAUCGUCCACUGCAGUGCAGGCACUGGUGCAACCGGUACUUUCAUUCUAAUGGACAGCGUGCUGGACCAAGCAGAGGCCCAGAAGCAGUUGGACGUCUUCUCUCACUUAAAUGCUAUGCGACAAUGUCGGGCCAAGUUAGUUGAGUCAUUGGACCAGUACUUCUUUGCGCACCGCGCGAUCGAGGCCCUCUGUAAAACGUGCCAUUCGAUAAGCAUCAAAGACUUCAGGAAGCGACUGCAGGAACUCAGAGUUACAAAUAGUGCUUCGAGAAAAAGUAUAAUUGAAGAGGAGUUUGAGGAACUCAACAGACCAAUAUAUCGAAGUAACGAAACCUACAAGAGCGCCCUCAGCAACGAAAACGUCGGGAAAAAUCAAACGCGUGACGUUCUGGCAGGCGACUCCAAACGAUUCCUCCUGUGCCCUCCGCAAGGUUCUGGUCGUACCGACUACAUCAACGCCGUCUAUGUUGAUGGUUACAGAAGCUGCAACGCGUUUCUGGUGACUCAGUUCCCGAGACCAGACACGGUCGGGGACUUUUGGCAGAUGGUCUCGACGAGCAAGACGACAACCAUCGUCACUUUGGACAACCUGCAUCCGGGAGAUAAGAACUGCCCCCAGUUCUGGCCGGAAGUUCACCAGACUCUGAGAAGCUACGGCUGCUCAGUCUGCAACAUAGCGACGACGGUAAACUCUGCAAUCGUCGUGCGAACCUUUAGAGUUGAGCAGAAUGAGCAACCUCCUAGAGCAGUGCGCCAGUUCCACCUGCAACGUUGGCCGCGAUCGGCCCCGGUUCCGCCAUCUUGUGACGUCAUAUUGAACAUCAUUCAGCAAGUACAGGACUGGCAGAGUCGAUUGCCGAACGCUGUGCUAGUCAUUCAGUGCACGGACGGAUGUCUUGCGAGUGGACUCUUCUGCGCUUCAAGUAUCAUCUGGAAACGAAUGAAUACAGAACAAAUGGUGGAUGUCUUUCAAAGCGUGCAGACCAUUCGAAGAAGUCGAACAGAAUUCGUGCGAGAACUGGUCCAGUACCAGUUUUGCUACGAUGUGGCCUUGGCUUUCCUCGACAAAUUGAGCACCUACGCGAACUUGCAGUGAAAGUGGGCUGUUUUUAGUUCAUGAUGUUCGCCGCUUUUAAAGAGUGUACCGCAUUGGGUGGAGGGUAUGAUUGUAAUACCCUUGUAACGUGGGCAGUCUCCAAUCAUCUUUGAAACCAACGGACACUGAAUAUGCGGUUAGCGCCGUCA